UUUGGCGGGAAAAACGGGCUGAGGGGAAGGAGGCGGCGGCGCCAUCUUGGAGCGGGGCGGGGCGGCGGGAUCGGGGCUGGAAUGGGGGCCUGGGGAAGGGGUUCUUCGUCAGGGGGUUUCGGUGUGGAGUGCGGCCCUGCGUGAGGGAAUCUGGAGGGGAUUUUUGCGAAGGAGUCCGCUGAGGGGGUCUCUGGGGUUGGCUCUAUGAGAGCGAUCCUCUGUGGGGAUGGAUCCUUUGUGAGGAUGUGAGGGGGCAGGGAGGAGAGACUCGGCCCCCAGAGGGGAUGGGGACGAAGGAAUGGCUUCGAGGAAGAAAGAGCGGAGUUUGGGUGCGGGUCGUUGGGUCGCAGGGCGGGCGGCUGGCGCCCAGGCGCUGUUUUUCGGUCGCUUUGGGUUUUUCCUCACAGCAGCGCUGCUCACUGACGGCUCCAUCCCAAACCCAUCAGCUCCAGUUGACAUGGACGAUGAGGACGGCCGGUGCCUGCUAGAUGUCAUCUGUGACCCUCAGGCCCUCAACGAUUUCCUGCAUGGAUCCGAAAAGAUUGACAGUGAUGAUCUCCUGGACAGCACAGGAGAUGCAGCCAGUGCCUUUUUUGAAGGUGCUGGGCUGCACGUCCAGGAAUCCUCCGGCAACCACCUGACGGCCGAGCAGAGCCAGCCCAGCGCCAGCGUGGACCUCGACUUCCUGGAGGAUGACAUCCUGGGCUCCCCGGCGGGCGGCGGGGCCAACCUGCCCAGCUCGGAGCAGCCCUGCGACAUCCUGCAGCAGAGCCUGCAGGAGGCCAACAUCACCGAGCAGACUCUGGAGGCCGAGGCCGAGCUGGACCUGGGCUCCUUCCAGCUGCCCACGCUGCAGCCCGUGGUGCAGGCGGCCUCCGACGGCGCCCCGCAGAUCUUCUCCGGCGGCGCCGACCUGAUCGGUUUGCAGCAGCCCGCCGUGCUCACCCACCAGGCCUUGGUGCAGCAGCCGGUGGGGGCGGACGUGGUGAACAAAGCCAUCAGCGUGCAGCCCUUCCUGCAGCAGGUGGGCCUGGGCAACGUCACCAUCCAACCCAUCUCCAACCUGCAGGGCCUGCCCAACGGCAGCCCCGGCGGCGCGCUGGGCAUCGGCCCCAUCCAGGUGGUGGGGCAGCAGGUGAUGGCCAUCAACCAGCCGGCGCAGCAGAUCAUCGCCAAGCAGGUGCAGCCCUCCCAGGUGGCCACGGUGCCCGUGGGCAGCUACAUCACGCAGACGGCUCCCGAGCAGCAGCAGGUCACCCUGACCUCGGCCGGCGUUUCCCCGCAGGGCGCCGGCUUGGUCAUCCAGAAGAACCUCCCGGCCGUGGCCACCACCACGCUGAACGGCAGCCCGGUGUUCGGCGGCGUCUCGGGGACGCAGGGCUCGCAGCCGCUCACCGUCACCUCCAACCUGAGCAGCCCCCUGGUGCAGGCGCAGAACGUCAUCAUCCACCGCACGCCCACCCCCAUCCAGCCCAAACCCGCCGGCGUCCUGCAGCAGAAGCUCUACCAGAUCACCCCCAAACCCUUCGGCUCCAACAACGCCACGCUCACCAUCCAGAACGAGGCCGCCCUGCAGCAGCAGAAGGCGCAGCAGAACCUCACCUUCAUGGCCGGCAAGCCGGCUCAGAACGUGGUGCUGUCGGGCUUCCCGCAGGGCCUCCCGGCCAACGUCUUCAAGCAGCCCCCGCCGCAGCAGCAGGCGCUCAGCAAGCCCAUGAGCGUGCACCUGCUGAACCAGGGCAGCAGCAUCGUCAUCCCGGCGCAGCACGUGCCGCAGGCCAUGCUGCAGGGCCAGAACCAAUUCCUGCUGCCCGGGCAGCUGGCGGGCGCCUCGGCCGUGCAGAUCCCGCAGCAGCUCUCGGCGCUGCCGGCCAACGUGGGCGGCCAGAUCCUGACGGCGUCGCACGGCGGCGGCCAGGCGCACAUCAUCACCAGCCAGGGCCCCGGCGGGCAGCUGAUCGCCAACCAGGCGCUGCCGGCGCAGAUCCUCACCAACCAGAACAUCGCCGGGCAGCUCAACCUGGGCCAGGUGCUGACCUCGCAGAACGCCCACGGCACGGCGCACAUCCUGUCGGCGCCCAUCCAGCUGCAGCCCGGCCAGGUGGGGCAGCCGGCGCUCUUCCAGAUGCCGGUCUCUCUGGCCGGCGGCCUCACCACGCAGAGCCAGCCCUCGGUGGCCGCUUCGCUGCCCGGCGCCGCCGCCGCCGCCGCCAUCGGCCAGACGGGACAGACAGUGAUCCAGGGGGUGACGCUGCCCGGCCAGGUGGCCAUGCUCAACGCGGCCGACGGCCUGGGCCCGGCCGUCAGCAUCCAGCCCUCGGGCAGCAGCCAGAGCCCCGGCCUGCUGACCCAGCAGCCCACCUCGGCCGCCGGCCUCCUGCCCUCCGCCGCCGCCGAUCCGCCCGCUCCCAUCCUGGCCAUCCAGCCCCCCGCCGCUCCGCCCGCGGCGCCCGCCCCGCUGCAGCUCAGCGUGCAGCCCCCCCCGCCCGCCCCUCCGCCCGCCCCGCUGCCCGCCGCCUCCCAGCCCAGCCCCGGCUUGGCCUCCAGCCCCGAGAAGAUCAUCCUGGGCCAAACGGCCGCCGGGGCCGUCAUCAACCAGGACUCCAUGCAGAUGUUCCUGCAGCAGGUGCCGCAGGGGAUCAUCCUGCAGACCAAGCAGCAGACUCCCACCAGCCAGGCCUCCCCAGCACUGAGCCAGUUCAGCAGCCAGUCCUCCUCCGUCCUGGUCAGCAGCCAGGGGCAGCCGGUGACGGUGACGGCGACGCCGAGCCCCGCGCACAGCCACAGCGGGCCGCCCUCCAGUGCAGGUGGCACCGCCCCACCUCCCUCCGACAGCAAACCCUUCUCCAGUGCUGCUGUGCCCAUCGCUGCCGGGAAGGGGCCCACGGCCACGGGGAAGCCAGGAGCAUCCCUGGCGAUGCCGCAGCCGGUGCAGACCAAACCAGGGGUGAUCAGCUCCGUCUCGGGCCUGAACCUGGGGAAGGGGCCGCUGCAGAUCCAGGUGGUGGGGAAGGGACUGUCGCAGCUCGUGCCCUCGGUGCAGAGCCAGCAGCUGUAUGACAGCAAGCUGGGGAGCCUGAAGAAAACUCCCACACUACAGCCCAGCAAAGAGGCCUGCUUCUUGGAGCAGCUGCACAAACAUCAGGGGGCAGUGCUGCAUCCCGAUUACAAGACCUCCUUCCACUCCUUCGAGGACGCCUUGCAGAGGCUGCUGCCCUACCACGUCUACCAGGGGAUGCUGCCCUCCGCCCAGGACUACAGGAAGGUGGAUGAGGAGUUUGAAGUGGUGUCCACGCAGCUGCUGAAGCGCACGCAAGCGAUGCUGAACAAAUACCGCCUGCUGCUCCUCGAGGAGUCCAGGAGAGUCAGCCCUUCUGCGGAGAUGGUGAUGAUCGACCGCAUGUUCAUCCAGGAGGAGAAGACCAUGCUGGCGCUCGAUAAGCAGCUGGCGAAGGAGAAGCCAGAUGAGUACGUCUCCUCGUCGUCCCGCUCCCAGAGCCUCUCCUCUGCAGCUCUGCAGCCCUCCUCCUCCUCCUCCUCCUCCGGCCUCACGCCCGCGGCCGACAGCUCGAAGGCUCCGGCGGUGCAAACGGCCACGGCCAUCAACCCCACCAAGCUGGUGAUCAAACACAGCGGCGGAUCCCCGUCGGUGACGUGGGCCAAAGCCUCCCCGAGCCUGGACGGCGACGACGACGCGCUGCCGUCGCGCAGCAAACCGCCCAUCAAAACCUACGAGGCGCGCAGCCGCAUCGGCCUCAAGCUGAAGAUCAAGCAGGAGGCCGGGCUCAGCAAAGUGGUCCACAACACCGCGCUGGACCCCGUCCACCAGCCGCCGCCGGUCUGCAGGGUGAUCAAAGCCGCCGAGCAGCACUCGGCCGCCGCGGGCGCCGGGCAGAUGAACGGCACGGUGGAGCACGGCAGCGCCGCGCCGGCCGAGAAGAAGCCGGUCACCUUCUGCCGCCUCCCCCUCCGCAAAACGUACCGGGAGAACGUGGACGCCUUCGUGGCCGAGAAGCCGGCCGAGAAGGGCAGCGGCGCUGCCAAGGCCGACAAAGUGCUGCUCAAACAGGAGGACGGGUCGCGCGGCGUCAUCGCCGCCCACAAGAGCCACGAGGGCGGCGCGGCCGACAGGAGCCGCGCGGAGGAGAGCUCCAAGCUGCUCUUCUUCGGCCGCGCCGACGCGCGCUCGCUGGUGCUGCACGGCAGCCCCGUCCCGCAGAAGAGCGACGACUCUACCAGUGGCCUUAUGAAGGAACUCGCGGAAGUGGAGGAGGAGUUCUACCACGGGAUGAUCAAAACGGAGCCCCCCGACCACGGCCCCGGCGCCGAGCUCACCUGGGAGGUGCCGCUGCCGCCCGCCAAGCGCAGGAAGUCCGAGUCCUUCGAGGUGGACAACGCCAGCUUCUCCAGCGACAGCCCGCAGGACGACUCGCUCAACGAGCACCUCCAGAGCGCCAUCGACAGCAUCCUCAACCUGCAGCAACCUCAGACUGGCGGCCAGAACGUCCGCACCCCCUCUUCCUCCUACAACUCCUCCUCCUCCCCCUUCUCGUCGCCCGUCCACCGCACGGACGCCUACCUUGCCCCCAAUCACAACGGCGGCCUUGGAGCGAGGACGUUGAACAGAUAACAGCGACCCUCACGGAGCCGAACGGCGAGCCAAGGAGUGGGGAAAGGCGGGGGGGGGUCCCGCAGCGCUCGGCCCCGCGGUUCUUGGGGGGUCCAGCGCCGCGUGCGGAGCGGCGGGGCCGGCGGGUGUCGUCGGCUGUGUAAUUAGAAUCUGUAACAAAUCGCUGAUGACGAAUAUCUGAUCGGUCUCUGUUCUCUUCCCCCGCCCCGGCCGUCCUCAGCGCCGAGCAGGUCGGAGUCAGAGCCGUGGGAGGCCAAAGAGGACUCUGCCGCCAUGGCCGCGGAGGUGACGUUUCUUCUUCUUCUUCCUUCUUUAAGUUAUUUCCCACCCUGCGGGCCGGCGGACCCCCCCUCAUCGGGCGGAGCGCGGCGAGACCCCGACCCUAACGGCUGCGGCAGGAGCUUACGGCAAACAGAAGCGGGAGGAGGAGGGGGGUCCCCACCCCUGUGCCCCCACGGCUCCGCGGCGGCGGAAGGAUCGGGGCACCGCGGCUGUGCCGAACCGCACCGAAGGCGCCGGGGGGGUUUUGGGGAGGCACUGUGUGCUCCUCCAAACGAAGCGUUUUCCAGUGCCCGCAGGAGGAUUGGUUUCCUCGGGGAGCGUCGGCUCGUUCCCUCCUUGCCUUACCGCUCUUCCCUGCUCCACACGAAGGCAGUGACCUCCAGAGCCACCGCUGCCCCACUUCGGUGUGGGUGAGCCCCCACCCGUGGCACGGACGUGUUCCGUGGGGCUGGGAUGUGUCCGUGUGUCCGUGUGCGCACCGUGCCGCACCGCUCCCAGCGGAUCUGCACAACGGCGGCCGCCGCGCUGGGAAAGGCUGGGUGUGAAGAAGGCAGAGUUUGGGUGGAGAAGGUUCGGUUUGGGGAGCGCCGAAGUUUGGAGAGCAUCGAGUUUGGGCAAGGCCGAAUGGAGGGAAGGCUGAAGUUGGAGGAUGGUGAGAUUCCGAGGAGAGCUGAAUUCGAGGAGAGCUGAAUUCGAGGAGAGCUGAAUUUGGAGAACGAUGAAUUCAAGGAACGCUGAAUUUGGGAAACGCUGAUUUUUGGAGAGCGCAGAACUGGGGGAGCACAGCAGCUCUCCCUGCCCAGGAAUUUCCACCUGAAAAAGGCAGAAUUUGGGGCUCACCCCACUGGAGGAAUGGCGGGGAUGGGAGGAAACGCAGUGCAGAGGCCGAACCCCACGCACUCCGCGCUGCUCCAAGCCAGGAGGGGACCAUCAGAGCCACAGCGCUGCGUUGGGACCCCGCACCCCAAACCUCGAAUUCGGGCGGCGCCGACGCCAAAUGCGCGGAUCAGAACCGUCUCCAUCCCUACAACCAAACCGAGGGUGGUACCAGCAGGGCUGGGAUGCUGAAUUCGGACCCGUCUCCAUCCCCGCAGCCCGACAGAGGAUGGCGCUGACGGCGCCGCGACGCGGAGCUCAGGGAUUCGCACCUCGAGGUCGGCACACGCAGCGCUCAGCGCUGGGCCGUUGGCCUUUUUUGGGGGGAUUUCACCCAAAUCGAUGCCCCCCAGCUCCCCGCAGCGCUGCGCUUGGCUCCGGCUCCGCACGUCCGCUGGAGCAGCGCCGACUGCUGGCUCCGCCCGCCGGUUUGGUUUGUUGUUUUUUUUUUUCCCCCCCCCUUUGCUUCAUUUCUUUUUCUGUUUGCUUUAUUUCUAUUUUUUUUCUUUUCCCUUCUUUUUCACUUUUUUUCCACGAGGAAAUUCUGGGUGCCGGCUCCGGGCUCCGCCGCCGUUCGCUCUCAGCUCCUCGGUGCCUGAAAUCCCCCCGACCGCCGCACCGCUGCUCCGUGCCCCAAACCUCCGUUUGCCUUUUUCUGCCCCGUUUUGCCUUUUUUCAGCCCGAUUUCACCACCGAUCGGCCCCGUCUCCUCCCAACCACUCCAAAACGCCGAACCCUCGCCCCCGUUUCUCCUCAUUUCACACCCAAAAGAGGCCUUAAAAAGCGCCCCGACUCCCACCAGGAUGAUUUCACCGCCGAAAAGGAUGAAAUCUGCCCCAAACCCCCGCGGUUUGGGGUCAGCCCUUCUCCGCCUCGUCGGCUCUCGGGAUCCCACGCCCGACUCCGCUCCUUUUUGCCCCAAAUGCCCCCAAACGGGGGCCGGGCUGUGAGCGCAGCACGGAUCUCCUUGCAGCCCCUGCGGCUCCGUUUGGCUCCGCUCCCCGCGGCGCGGCAGCAAUAAAAGGGACGGCGCUUCCCGGCGCAAUUAUUCGGCGUUUUCUUUUUUAUA